CACCCGUUAAUUAACUACUUCUCUUUAACUAAUCAACCCGGUUUCCUAAACCACAUUCACCUCUGCAGAUUCUUUUCUCAGUAAAACCACACGCGCCUGUUUUGAUCUAACAUCUUAAGUUGAAGAUUUUGUCUCACACAAAAAGAAAAUGGGGAAAGAAUCAAAGUCCAGAGGAUUUUUUGGGUGGUUGCUGGUUCUAGUAAUAUUGGCUCUGGUUGUGGGAGCUGUUGUUUAUAUAAUCAAGAAAAAAUUAGAUCAUGGAAAUGACAAUAAGCCCACUCCCGUUCCCGGUCCUCCAGGUGCUAUCGACCACAAGUAUGCUUAUGCUCUCGAAAUCGCUAUGCAAUUCUUUGACGUCCAAAAAUCUGGUAGGUUAGUGGAUAAUAAGAUAUCAUGGAGAGGAGAUUCGGCUCUAACGGAUGGAAGUGAAGCCAAGUUGGAUCUUUCCAAGGGGAUGUAUGUUGCUGGGGAUCACGUGAAAUUUGGUUUUCCAAUGGCAUUCACUGCUACUGUGUUAUCGUGGGCUAUCCUCGAGUAUAGAGAUCAGAUGGAGGCAGUGAACCAACUAGAACCUGCUCAGCAGUCUCUCAAGUGGAUAACCGAUUUCCUUCUCAAUGCUCAUCCUUCACCGAAUGUGCUCUAUAUUCAGGUCGGUGACCCUGUAACAGACCAUAAAUGUUGGGACAGGCCUGAGGAUAUGACAGAGAAGAGGCCACUCACACAGGUGAAUGCAUCCGUCCCUGGGACUGAGAUUGCAGCCGAAACUGCUGCAGCUAUGGCUUCAGCAUCUCUGGUGUUUAAGACAGCUGACUCCACGUAUUCAAGCACGCUUCUUACGCAUGCAAAGCAACUUUUUACUUUUGCGGAUAACAAUAGAGGUUCUUACAGUGAGAAAAUCCCAGAAGUUGCUACAUAUUACAAUUCAACAGGAUAUGGAGAUGAGCUCUUAUGGGCAGCAAGUUGGCUUUAUCAUGCUACAGCUGAUCAAUCAUACCUUGAAUAUGUGACCGGUGAAAAUGGGAAAGAGUUUGCUCAAUGGGGAAGUCCAACCUGGUUUAGCUGGGAUAAUAAACUUGCAGGAGCCCAGGUUUUGCUUUCCAGGUUAAGUUUCUUCGGUGCGUCUGGGAAUUCCGUCAUUGAAAACUAUAGGAAGUCAGCCGAGGAUGUUAUGUGCGGUCUGCUACCACAGUCGCCCACUGCUACAUCCAGCAGAACAGAAAGUGGUCUUAUAUGGGUCAGUGAAUGGAAUUCUCUGCAGCAUCCGGUUGCUUCUGCAUUUUUAGCUGCUCUUUACGGUGAUUACAUGCUUACAACACAGACGGCGAAGCUAACCUGUGGUGACCAUUCAUUCGAACCAUCAGAUCUUAGAAAGUUUGCCAAGCUACAGGCCGAUUAUGUGUUGGGCAGUAACCCCUUGAAAAUGAGCUUUCUUGUUGGGUAUGGGGAUAAAUACCCACAAUAUGUGCAUCAUAGAGGAGCUUCGAUUCCAGUUAAUGCAACCACUGGUUGCACCGAUGGGUUCCAGUGGCUUAAUUCAACCAAACCCAAUCCAAAUGUAGCUGUUGGAGCUCUGGUGGGAGGACCUUUCCUUAAUGAAACAUUCUUUGAUUCGCGGAACAACACGAUGCAAACAGAGCCAACCACAUAUAACAGUGCAGUCAUUGUUGGUCUCCUCUCUAGUUUGGUCACUACAUCUGCUGCAGUAAAUCGUUCGGUUAAAAGUAGGCAUAGUCUAUAAUCAUUGUUACACAUUUAUUUUGUACUGUAUCUGUAGUCAAUUUUAUAUAUCGGAAGAAAAACAUGAACUUUUAUUGACACAAAA